UCAGAAAUUCCAGACUUUAUUGAUCGCGCACACAAGGAGUCGAGCUUACAUGCAGAAAUAAGAGAGAAUAUGACCAAAUUCAAAGAGAUCUGUGCAGCACAGGACCAAGAGAUAUUUCUGAAAACAUGCGACGAACGCAGAAGACGCUUGGGGACGAUAGGCAGUAAAGAGUCUCAAAACGCGAUGGGCAAGAAGUCAGACUUUAAGCCCAAAGCCCCAAUGGUCAUGGAAGGAUCUCCAGCAAGCGCUGCAACAGCCGGAGACAGCAUAUCUUCAAGAACUGAACCCGUUAAUCGAAACAUUCUUACAAAGCAGCUCCAAAGAAUCAAGCAAAACCUUUUGGAAUGCAAGACAUCAAACCAUGCUACACGUCGAGACUCUCGGGGCGAGAAACCAGGCACCACAAAAGAUGUACAUAACUCUGGCGCCUGCACACGCGAUCGUACCCAUCAUCCGAGGACUGAUCACCCGGGGGCAGCCAGGAGGGUGGCGCUUAGUAGGAUACAAAAACAUCGAGCAAUUCAUCCCCAUGAGAUUGGCAAGAGACCUCGAAGAUGAAACCCACACGGCAACCUUCUUUGCAGUGAACGGCUGUACAUUGAACGGAACAUGCGCACGGGCUGAAUGUCAAACAAAGGGAAGAAUGAUUCCGCUGUACGACAGACGUCAGGAAAACAAAGAACCAAAGAUCCUCUUCUUCUGCAAAAGCUGUCAAUUAUUCACUUCCAUCAAACCACCGGACCGCUGGAGCCAGGAGAGAUUCAGGUCUGGAUCCAAAGAUUAUCCAACCGCAAGGCAGCAGGCAUGGAUUUGAUCUCAAAUGAGAUCCUGAAAGCUCUACCAAAAAAUGAGCUCUGUCACGUCCUGGAGAACCAACGACCUAUAUGCGUCCUCUCCUCGGUGACGCGGAUCUUCCAGGCGGUCAUAGCGCACAGACUCGCGAAAGCAGCAGAGGGAGGGACGAUCCGGCAGGGCCAUCGUCUCGACUUUGCAAACUUUUUUAACAACGUGGCAGUCGAAUCCAUCGCAAAAAUCAUGGAAGUAUAUGGCUUCCAUCAGCGUGAUGUAGACGUGGUAAUCAGCGGCAGCAAAGGGAUAGCAUUGCAGAUUCAAACAGAGAGGUUCGAAACGGCAGCCAUCCCGCUUCUCAGGGGAUUACCUCAAGGCAGUCCUGCAAGUCCUCCCAAAACAAAUCUACUGCUCAGCAUCCUGUCCAGACAACUCGAUCAACAACAAACUCAGCAGCCCAACAACCUGUCAUUCGCAGAUGACCUUGUACUGAUAGCCAACUCAGUGAGGGAAAUGAAAACACAGCUUUGAUUAUCGGCUCAAGAGGG